CCAGUCUAAACAUACAGCCUACUCUCUGAGUUUGAUGACUCUAUAUAGAUGGCAUGUCUCAACCGAUCUACAACGCUCUAAUCCGAACCCAUCACAUCACUUCCCGCAAAAAGGUUGCCAAGCUCAAAGCUGCAGCAUCGAAUUGUCAUAUAUACGCUCUGCUACGUUAUGGCGGCUGUCCAGGCAUCAUGUACUGCCAAGGUUCUGAGACUGGUGUAAGAGAAUGGGUAUCAAAUGUACAGAGGCUACGUUACAAAGACUUCCAGCUAGUCAAGAAGCCUGCGGGCAAAGAAGUUGAAGGAAAAGAAGUAAAAGAUGGUGUCACGUAUGGAAAACUGGAAGAAGUAGAGAGCGUAAAAGAUUUCGGGGCUAGCAUGCAAAAGAUGGGUGUUUGGGGCUGGUGGCGGAAGGGUAUGGGAUACGUUGGGGAUGAUUCAAGCUUAUGAUUAUCGACGCAUACUUCCAUCCUGGCGCAACGAGUAUGCGCUAGCUUUCACGACCGGAUGAACAGACGACUGUCUAGGCAUGAUGGUCGAUACCCAAAAUCUGCCCUAACGAAGGAAGUUAUAGUAAGAACGAGAAUCGUUUAAUACUCUCUUCCCUCUAGGACCUUUGGUUAGCUACACAUGAUUGUAAGCACAUUUGGGUCCGAAAAUAACACACUGUAGACUCCAGAAGUUUCUACUCUAUGCGAGAUGAAAUGUCACAC